AUGGCCGCAAGAAGACACGCAUCCAUUACCUACCAGCCUCUACCCGAGAUCGGAGACCUGAUGUCCGAUAAAGUCAUUGAUCACACGGACAUCCCUGACCCAAUUGGAUUGACACCUCCUCCUGUCCCUGUCGUGCUGCCGAGGCCCACCCAAUUGCACCGCAACCACGACUUAUCGCCGCACGACCUUCUCAACCUCAGCUGCGACCUAUUACCUCAGGACCUUCUCAACCCCAGCAACAACUUAUCACCGCACGACCUUCUCAACUUCAACUGCGACCUAUUACCCGACGACCCCUUCAACCUCAACAACGACCUAUUAACGCACGACUUCCUCAACCUCAACAACGACCUAUUGCCCCACGAUCCCCUCAAACUCAACAACAGUGUAUCGCCUCACGACCUUCUCAGCCCCAGCCACAGCUUAUCGCUCCGCAACCCCAACCGCAUCCAAUUGCCUCCUCGUCAUCAACAGCACCGGUUGCAACUUUGCAAGCGCGUCCGCAGACACACCCGCCAAUAG